AUCUAAGGAGUUAGGGCAGAACAACAACAAUGGGUUCUCCAUCUUUCUGCCUGAUCAUUCUUCAGUCUGCAAUUGAUGAGAAGAAGCUGCUUCUGCCAGUGGAGUUUGUGAGCCAGCAUGGUGGAGAUCUCUCAAAGUUCGCCACUUUCAGGGCGCCAGAUGGGCGAACCUGGCCGAUACUGACUGCAAGGAGAAGUGGCGAUGGCAAGAAGUUGUUCACCCGCGGUUGGUCCGAGUUUGCAGCUUACUACUCCAUCAGCCACGCGUAUCUGAUCGCGUUCAAGUACAAGGGGAACUCCGAUUUCCAUGUCAGGAUCUUCGAUCCAACCUGCUGCGAAAUCGUAUACCCAACUCCCAGGACAGGAGAUCAGCAUGCCUCUGAACAAUAUGAGAAUGAUGAGGAGAGCUCAGGAGGAGAUGGAAUUCCAAUCACAACGAGCAGAAACUACGAUAAGGUGUACCAGAAGGCCACACCAUCGGGCCAGAGGACGAUUCUAGCAGCAAAGAAGCGCAAGCUUCACAACCCUUCAUUCAUGCUGGUGGUGCAACCCUACAACUUGUCAAACCCUGUGGCUUAUGUGCCUGGGGAGUUUGCUGCUAAGCACCUCAGCCCGGAUUGCAGCAGCAUAUUGGUGAGAGAUUCUGUAAGCAGAGGCGAGUGGGCGAUCCAGUUCACAUGGAGGGACCGUGGAGGCUUGAACUUGGGGCUCGGGUGGGGAGCUUUCACCAUGGACAACGAGUUGAAGCCCGAGGAUGUCUGUCGAUUCGAGCUGAUCAGUAGCGACGCUGAGAGAUACUGUGUCAUGAAAGCUCAUCUCUUCCGUGUCUCCUACCCAUGAAAGGCAGCAACUAAGACCGAAAGUAUGCUCGUUUCUCUCCUCUCAUCAACCUGCUUAGCUAUUCUGGUAAGGAAUUCAACCGAUUGAUCGACGGUGUGUAAUAAUUAAGUUUCAAAGCUUUGGAUGUUGGGCUUUGUGUUCCUUGUGUACUACAAGAUCGUGUUUGAAACAAAGGUUCAAAGUACUGGUGGUUUCUUGGCGGACAAGUUAACCAUAAACUCAUCAUCUAUUUGCUAGAUGCAAGUAAACUUUGGAGUUCAUUUUUUGAA